UCACCAUAACACGGAAGCAGUCCACAGACAGUGGGGGGCAGGAGAGGCGCGGACACAGGGAGGGAGUGAAGACAGGCUGAAGAUUAAAGAGUAAGACAGACAGGAGGACACAGGUGCGCAGAGACACAGGUGCACAGACACACAGGUGCACAGACACACAGGUAGAGGAACGGACUCAGACACAAAGCAUCAUGGCGCUGAUCCCCUCGCAGGUUCUCCGGGUCGCCAUCCUGCUGUCCUAUUUCUCCAUACUCUGCCACUACAAAGCUCUGGACAUGCCGGCGCACCAGACCUACGGAGGCAGCUGGAAGUUUCUGACCUUCAUCGACCUGGUGAUCCAGGCGGUGUUCUUCGGCCUGUGCGUCCUGAUCGAUGUGUCCAGCCUGCUGACUAAAGGAGGAGACAGCAGGGAGGAGCAGUGGGGAAGCCGGGGGGUGAAGAAAGGAGAGACGUGUGAGGAGACAUGUGAGGAGACGUGUGAGGAGACAUGUGAGGAGACGUGUGAGGAGACAUGUGAGGAGACGUGUGAGGAGACGUGUGAGGAGACGUGUGAGGAGACGUGUGAGGAGACGUGUGAGGAGACAUGUGAGGAGACGUCUGAGGAGACAUGUGAGGAGACAUGUGAGGAGACGUGUGAGGAGACGUGUGAGGAGACGUGUGAGGAGACGUGUGAGGAGAGGAGACGUGAGACGUGUGAGGAGACAUGUGAGGAGACAUGUGAGGAGACGUGUGAGGAGACGUGUGAGGAGACGUGUGAGGAGACGUGUGAGGAGACAUGUGAGGAGACGUGUGAGGAGACAUGUGAGGAGACAUGUGAGGAGACGUGUGAGGAGACGUGUGAGGAGACGUGUGAGGAGACGUGUGAGGGGACGUGUGAGGGGACGUGUGAGGAGACGUGUGAGGAGACGUGUGAGGAGACGUGUGAGGAGACGUGUGAGGAGACGUGUGAGGAGACGUGUGAGGAGACGUGUGAGGGGACGUGUGAGGAGACGUGUGAGGAGACGUGUGAGGAGACGUGUGAGGAGACGUGUGAGGGGACGUGUGAGGGGACGUGUGAGGGGACGUGUGAGGGGACGUGUGAGGAGACGUGUGAGGGGACGUGUGAGGGGACGUGUGAGGGGACGUGUGAGGAGACGUGUGAGGAGACGUGUGAGGAGACGUGUGAGGAGACGUGGUUGGAAUCUGGCCGAGGAUGA